GGUCUUUCAGGAAGUGUCUGACUUGUGCAGUUUAGCUGAUUUAAAAAAACUGAACACACUACAAAAUCUCAGUCCAAAGGUUCCUGCACGCUGCCUCAGGAGAUGGCUGAACCCAGAAUAUCCUCCUCCAUCGACGGGAAGUUAGCCGAGGAGUUUGCCGUUCCCUCCCAUGUGGAGGAAGUCAAGGAGAAGAUGACGGCGUUCGCUGCCUUCCACGCGGCCGCUGGCCGCAGGGUGGUCCUCAUCACCUCGGGAGGCACCAAGGUUCCCCUGGAGUCCCGCACGGUCCGUUUCCUGGACAACUUCAGCAGCGGCAGACGAGGAGCCGCCUCGGCGGAGUACUUCAUGGACUCCGGCUACGCCGUGGUUUUCCUGCACAGGCACCGCUCCCUCUACCCCUACGCCAGGAUGUUCUUGAGCAUGAACAUGCUGGACGCCCUGCAGUUCAGGGAUUUGGACGGCGCGCCGGGGAGCUCGGGGGAGGUGCUGGUGGACCAGCGGGUUCUCCCCAACAUUGGCAGAGUGCUGAAGCGAUACCACGAGGUGAAAGAGGGGAAGCUUCUGCUGCCCGUGGAGUUCAGCACCCUGUCGGAGUAUCUGCAUCUCCUGAAAGCAGCAGCUCAGGCACUCAGUACCAUCGGAGCAAAGGCCAUGUUUUAUCUGGCAGCAGCUGUGUCCGAUUUCUACAUCCCAGCGUCCGAGAUGCCCGAGCACAAGAUCCAGUCUUCCAACGGGCCGCUUCAACUCAGCAUGAAGAUGGUCCCUAAGAUCCUGUCCCCCCUGGUGAAGGACUGGGCUCCUCAGGCCUUCGUCACGUCCUUCAAGCUGGAGACGGACGCCAGCAUCCUGCUGGACAAGGCCCGCCGGGCUCUGGACACCUACAGGCACCAGGCGGUGGUGGCCAACGUGCUGGACUCCCGGCGGGGCUACGUGGUGGUGGUGACCCCCGACGCUCAGGCCGAGCUGCUGCUCAGCGAGGACGACGUGAAGAACGAGGUGGAGAUCGAGGAGAGGAUCGUCGCCAACCUCACGUCGGCGCACGACAAGUUCGUAAGCGAACAGGCGGGCUGACGGACGCUUUCAGUGCUGCGACCUGUUCCGCCCUUCGUGUUGACUGGUUUAUAUUUACCUGCUCUGCUGACAAGUGACUGGAUGCUCGCGCUGCUGUAUCAUUGUUACAGAUAUGUACACAAACAAGGCUUCCCGCCUGUUUACAUGUUCUCAUACCGUCUCUGUUGGGUCAAAAUAAUACAUUAUCGACAGAUCUGAGAAGACUGAUCCACAUUGUACAUUAAUUCAGGACAGAAACGUUUAUUAGUUUUAACAACGAGAAAUCUGUGAUGGGCUGAAGUCCAAUAAACCUGUAAAACUUUGUGAGUGUUCUGGGUUCCAUUUGGAGGAGG